AUGUCCGUCACGUUCAUCGCGCAUAACCAGUCUGCGAAGGAUCGCGCCCUCGCCAUUCCGGAACUCCUCGACAACGUCUUCGCGUAUUUGGGUCGACACGACGCCGCACAUGCCGCACAACUGUUCGGUCUCCUAGCUCCUCCCCAGUCUAGGCACAACCACACCCAUACAUACAAUGUCGAAGUCACUGAGAGACGCGUGGACCGCUUUCUGCCCAUUGCCCGCCGCGUUCGCGAACUGCACUCCAUGAGCUCGAAGGCCGAGUGUCACAAAGAUAAUCACUCGUUCCUAUGCAAUAAUGAGGCCUUCUUCGAGGAUCUCGCCACAAUGGUGGCUGCGAGAGGCCACGUCCUUUUCCCUCGUCUCGUAUACCUACGUUGGUGGGAUCUUUAUUCGUCGAUGUAUACCUGGCCCCUCUUCGGCAGUUCCGUCUUGACCGAAGUCAACAUCAUAGUGCCGCACUGCUGCUUGUACACCGACUCUCUGACUGCACUAUCGGUCCUGGCGCCGUCCGUCAAAUCCAUAUGCCUCACCGCGUAUCCUCCGAAAGAGUACGAUGGAACAGUCCUGUUUUCAGCCCUCGAUGUCGAGCUUCUGGACGAUGGAUGGCCCGAUGUCUUUGAACGUCUCAAGAAUCUGACAACCCUCGCCGCGCCUGUCAACUUCCUCACCUCCGCUGCGCUCGCUGCAGCUGCCACAAGCCCAAACCUAGCGAUCCUCCGGUUCCACACGACGUCGGACCCAAAGAGCUCCAUACGCAAAAGGCAGAGCAUCACCGACUUCCCCACGCCUUCUUUCGCUCCGGGAUCAUUCCCGUCUCUUUCCAUGCUGGAGCUCGCCGCGCCGCUCGUCGCAUACAACAACAUCUUGCGCGAUGCCAACUUCCCUACCCAUCAACUCAGGCAAAUCGGAGUGCGUGCAGUGCAGGCUGAAACGGAGAGUGAGAUCCGCAGCGUUCUGAGCACGCUCAGUGAACGCGCUGGCCCCGCGCUAUCAACCCUGCGCAUUUUGCUCGCUUCGCGGUACCGGUGGGACGAACCCCAGACGGACAUGGAUGAACCUGAUGAAGCUGAAGCGCGCAGCUGGCGCUAUGGGAAGGCUCCAGGCAGACGCGAGCAGUUGCACGCCGCCACGUUCUCUCCACUACACGGCGCAUCGAACUUGGCGAUUCUCGACGUCGCGCAUCGCUUCUCGGUGCGGAUCAACGAUGACGAGCUCGUAGAGCUCGUACAGGCGCUUCCCGCACUCGUCGUACUUUCCCUGAAUCCAGUGCCAGUGGUCGUAGGCGGCACCCCGCUCACACUCCGCGUUUUGGGUCGACUGGCGCGCAUCCGUCCGUUCAUGGAGGUCAUCCGGUUCUACCUCGACGCCACACUGGAAGACGAAGAACCAUUACCGGACCGUGUCGACCGGUUCAGAGGAUCACUGCGUUCGUUAUGGCUUGAUGCGUCGCCCAUCACGAUGAACCAGGAUAAACUGGCGGACGUGGCGUAUUAUCUGUCAAUGGUACUUCCCCCUAACAGGACACUGAGCAACACGCCGUUGCCUGAUGGGCUGGAUGGGUCGCCACUGUACUUCUGGGACCAUGUGCCGCCUGUGAGCAGCGACCGAGUCCAUGCUUGGUCUUGCGUCACAGAGAUGAUACGGCAGAUUCGCGAAUCCGAGGACGAAGACGACACGGCUGUACCCGUCUCCGAAGAAGUGUCCCUGUCUGCAUAA